CUUGCCGCAGUCACUACAUGGCCAAACCACGACCAGGUUUGGCGCUAGUUUCGCCAUUGCUCCUCCUCGCCGCUCUCUCGUACGCCCACCUCUUACUCUCACAGCUAUUGUAGGUGUGAUCUCGCGUCUUGGUCAGAGACCAGCUCCCCGACCUUGUCGCCAUCAAAACUUACUCCAUGGCGACGCCGCCUCUGGCGGGGCAAGCGGCGGCGCUGCUCGUCUCGUCGCUCGCCAUCGCAUCCCAGGCUCUGCUCGGUGCGCUGCACCUGCUCCUCUCCGCCUUCCUCCUCCACGUGGCAUCCGUCGCCGCGUCCGCCGCGUCCCUCUGCAUUUCGCCGCUCUCGUCCCUCUUCCGCGCCUCUAGAAGCACCGCGUCGCCCGCUAAAGCCACGUCACCGUCCGACUCCCGUAACGGGUCACCUCACGAGCCACUCCUUAGCGCGGAUGCUGCUGCGGCUGCUGGAUCCGUCAGCGGCGACGGCGGCGGCGGCGGCGGCGGCAGCGGCGGCGGAGGUAGCAAGGAGCAACAAACGGACAACGGAGAACCUUGCAAUAAUAGUGGCCAGGAAUACCCGCCGCUUCUGCUGUACGGCGGACACGUGGCGCAUCAUAGGAGCCAGCCGACGGCGCACGGCUUUAACUACUCCGUGCGAUACGCCCUCGUGAAUCUCGACGCGGCGCCUGAUUGGUUCGUCCGGUCGUCCGGGCGGCACCACAUGUCGGCUGACGAAGCCCGCUCGUUCGCUGGGACGGACGGACCCAUCUUCCUGCUGACCAACCCUGUGAGCAUGGGAUACGAGCAGAACCCCAUCAGCGUCUAUUACUGCUACCAUGGCUCCAGCACCAGCAGCACUCCCUCGUCCACCAGCAACGGCGGUGGCAGUUGCAGCAAGAGCAGCAAGAGCAGCAAGAGCGAGGCACAGCAGCCCGCGAGGGCUCUUCUACCCCCUGCUGAGAGGGCUCUUCUACCCCCUGCUGAGAGGGCUCUUCUACCCCCUGCUGAGAGGGCUCUUCUACCCCCUGCUGAGAGGGCUCUUCUACCCCCUGCUGAGAGGGCUCUUCUACCCCCUGCUGAGAGGGCUCUUCUACCCCCUGCUGAGAGGGCUCUUCUACCCCCUGCUGAGAGGGCUCUUCUACCCCCUGCUGAGAGGGCUCUUCUACCCCCUGCUGAGAGGGCUCUUCUACCCCCUGCUGAGAGGGCUCUUCUACCCCCUGCUGAGAGGGCUCUUCUACCCCCUGCUGAGAGGGCUCUUCUACCCCCUGCUGAGAGGGCUCUUCUACCCCCUGCUGAGAGGGCUCUUCUACCCCCUGCUGAGAGGGCUCUUCUACCCCCUGCUGAGAGGGCUCUUCUACCCCCUGCUGAGAGGGCUCUUCUACCCCCUGCUGAGAGGGCUCUUCUACCCCCUGCUGAGUCCCUGGCAAUCUGCAUCGGCGAGGUGUCCAACACGCCGUGGACGGACCGAGUCACCUUCCUCUUUGCGCCUCUGCUGGACCGCGUGCCCAAGCCGCUCCACGUGUCGCCCUUCAUGGACAUGCAAUCCACAUGGGAGAUGCGAGCGUUGCCCCCCUCCCACCGCAUCUCACUCCACAUCACCGCUCUGCACCCCGUGCUGGGCAACCAGCAGGGCAAGACCGGGGGGGACGCAUGCAAGGAAGCGCGCAAGGAGACUGGGGAGGCGGAAGUUGGAAAUGGGGAGGAGAAUGAAACUGAAACCAAUGGUAGUAGCAACGGUGGUGGCAGGAGCAGUGGUGGCAGCGGCAACAUCAGCAGCAGCAGGCUGGGCAGCAGUGUAUUCAUCGCUUGUCUUGACAUCGACUGCCUGCCUGCAGACAAACAGCCAUAUCUCCAGCCAAACCUACCUCCCUUCCAUGCACACCCUGCUGCCUCCCCUCCCUCCUCCUCUGCUCCCUCCUCCGUCGCCCCUCACUCCUUCCCCCCAUCCUGUGCCUCCUCACGCUUCCCCUUCCCCUGGCGGCCUCUUGCGGAGUGGCACAGGGAGGUCCGCUGCCGCUGGUUCCUGUGCUUCAUGCCGCAUCUGGUGGCCUUCUGGAUCUACUGGCAGGCCUUCCUCCUCUGGCUCAAGGGAGUGCCUCUUUUUGAGCAUCCCAAGUACGCUGAGGGGUCCGCCUAUGCUGAAUCUACAUUGGACCGACUCUCAACUGUAGCUUACAUUGGCCAGAUAACCAGCACCACAACUGCAAAGAAUGGAGGGACUGCAAGCCACGCCCUAUUAGCAUCUUCCAAUCAGUGCCCUUUCAAGUGGCGUAAUGCGUCAAAAUGGCCUUGGAAUUAGUAGAAAGAAGCUCACAUCAAAUUCCAUUUAUUGCUGGUUGAAGUGAAUUAAUUUGGCUUGAGAUGAAGUUGAAGAUGUGUUGUUUGG